CCAGCGGUUGGAGGCGCCUCGCGGCAGCAGGACCCCGCAGACCCACGCGCGGAGCAGCCUACUGUGUGUCCUCCCCCGCUCCCCGCCGCGAUGUGGCGGCGGGAAAGGUGCGGACCCGAGCCCAGCGCAGCCUGGCAAGUCUGAGCUCCAGGGAUGGGACUGCCAGUAGGCUGAGCUGGGGAACCUGCUGGAGGACCGCGGGGACAUGGCGUCUUGGCUCUGGAGAAGGCUUCGUGGAAGGAAGCGGUCGGUGAUGGUGUCCUGCCUCUUGAUGAUUCUGUCUGCGGUGGCUGUCACUCACUUUCCUCCAGAGCAUCCAGCUUCCACUCCAGGACUUGGUCCCAUGGAGCCCCAGGGGAAAAUGGGCAUGCCUGACCCCAACAUUUGGCAGACUUUGAACUCUAGCCAGAGGCAGCGGGCAAAAAACCCGGGCUUCCAGAGAGGCCAGGCUUUACCCGGAAAUUCCAUCCUGGUCUGUGCUGAGAAGCAAAGCCACAGAAGGCGAGUGGACAGAAGCGGACACCCACUGAGGGUCAGGAGAGGUGUUCCUGUGACAGGAGGUCUGACACUCAGUGCCCACCAUCCUGUGCUUCUAAUGGAGAAUGAGGUCAGAGAUGCAAGAGGCACAGCCCUCGAUCAGCCUGGGCAUGAUGGUCCUGUCCAAGAGACACAGAGUAAGACAGACACCCUGGUUAGCCCACUCACAGGGAGCAGCCAGGCAGCUUUCCAGGCAUGGGGAGGUACUGCUGCAGUGAUCUUUAGGCCCCAACCAUCAGAAGGUGAGGAUUCCCUGCCAGGAGCCACGGACAGAGGCUUGACUGGUGGGAAGGCUGGGGGUGCCACCUCAGGUUCUGGGACUCAUUGGUGGUCUGGCUCUGUUGGAGAGCUGCGAAGGUCCUCGUGGUGCCAUACUGAGACCCCUGGGUUAUUGGCCAGUGCUGUAACUGGAGGGCCGGCUCCACCAUGGUUCACAGAACAUGAUGUGCAGACUCUCUGGCUACUGGCUCAUGGGGAGGUGGUGGGCAAAGCCAGGGUCCCCGCCCAUGGGCAGGUGCUGCAGGUCGGACUGUCUGCUGACGGUGCCCUCCAGGACAUGUCUCCUCUCAGGCUCAGCCAGCUCUGCUCCCAGGGCCUCUGUGGGCUGGUGAAGAGGCCCAGUGACCUGCAUGAAGUCCUGUCCUUUCAUGUGGACCGUGUACUGGGACUCCAGCGGAGCCUGCCUGCUGUGGCCCGGAGCUUCCACAGUCCUCUUCUGCCCUACCGCUACACAGAUGGUAGUCUGAGGCCCAUCAUCUGGUGGGCACCCGACGUGCAGCACUUGGGAGACCCAGAUGAGGACCAGAACUCUCUGGCCUUGGGCUGGUUGCAGUACCAGGCCCUGCUGGCACGAGGCUGCCACUGGCCAAGCCAGAUGCCGUGCCUGGGCAUCCACCGUGCCGAGUGGUCGCGUUUGGCCCUCUUUGACUUCCUGCUGCAGGUUCAUGACCGCCUGGAUCGCUACUGCUGUGGCUUCGAGCCUACACCCUCAGACCCCUGUGUGGAAGAGGGACUCCGAGAGAAAUGUCAGAACCCGGAAGAGCUGCGGCUGGUCCACAUCCUGGUCCGGAGCAGUGAUCCAUCUCACUUGGUGUACAUAGACAAUGCUGGCAACCUUCAGCAUCCCGAAGACAAGCUGAACUUUCGGCUGCUGGAGGGCAUAGAUGGGUUUCCUGAGUCUGUUGUGAAGGUUCUUGCAUCAGGGUGUCUACAGAACCUGCUGCUCAAGUCGCUGCAGAUGGACCAGGUGUUCUGGGAGAGCCAAGGUGGAGCCAGAGGUCUGAAGCACGUCCUUGAGACACUGGAGAGGCGAGGGCAGGUCUUGCUGAGACAUAUCCAGAAGCACAACCUCACACUGUUCAGAGACAAGGACCUGUGAGCCCAUCUCUGUCUGGGCAGAGCACACCUUGUUGGAGGACUUCCCACAAUGUAAGCCUGAGCUGGUGAGUGUUGGCCAUCCUAUUGACAAAUGGGAAAAGCCAGAAACUGGAGGAGCCUACGGUGCCAUGGAAUAGUUUACCUGCUGGGGAUGGUGGAAGACCUUCAGCCUCACAUUCCUGUCUGCAUUCUCAGCUCUGGCUAUUUACUCCCAUGCAACAAUAAAUGUGUUUAAGAAUGUUCUGUGAA